CCCUUUCCGUCCCCUUUCUCCUCCCGCAGUCCCCUCUCCGUGCGUCUCCCUCCCCCUGCCUCGGUUGGUCCGCUCGCUCGCCUUCGCCCACGCGUGCUCAGGCGUCUCCUAUUUAACCCUGCCCCCGCCUCUGCUCCGCCACUCGCGCACCCAUCACGCCAACCACACCCCUCCCGAGGCCUCACCGCCACUAGCACAGUAGCAGGCUAGCAGCAGUGUGCCCCCUGGUCUUUCCGCUUCGCCCACACGUCCGCGGUGGUGGUAGGCGCGGCCAUGGCGCUGGCGGGGACCGGGGUGUUCGCGGAGAUCCUGGACGGGGAGGUGUACAGGUACUACGCCGACGGGGAGUGGCGCAGCUCGGCCUCCGGCAAGUCCGUCGCCAUCGUCAACCCCACCACCCGCCAGACGCAGUACAGGGUGCAAGCAUGCACCCAGGAGGAGGUGAACAAGGUGAUGGAGGCGGCCAAGGUAGCGCAGAAGGCGUGGUCGCGGACACCGCUGUGGAAGCGUGCAGAGCUCCUCCACAAGGCGGCAGCGAUCCUUAAGGAGCACAAGGCCCUGAUCGCCGAAUGCCUUGUCAAGGAGAUCGCCAAGCCGGCCAAGGAUGCUGUUUCUGAGGUUGUGCGGUCUGGGGAUUUGGUGUCAUACACAGCUGAGGAGGGUGUCCGCAUACUGGGGGAGGGCAAGCUGCUGGUGUCCGAUAGUUUCCCUGGUAAUGAGCGGAACAAAUACUGUCUGAGCUCCAAGAUACCUCUUGGAGUGGUUUUGGCAAUCCCACCAUUCAACUAUCCAGUCAACUUAGCAGUUUCAAAGAUUGGCCCAGCACUAAUUGCUGGCAAUGCUCUUGUGCUCAAGCCUCCAACCCAGGGUGCGGUGGCUGCACUUCAUAUGGUACACUGUUUCCACCUGGCUGGUUUCCCAAAAGGUUUGAUCAGUUGUGUGACUGGGAAAGGUUCGGAAAUAGGUGAUUUUCUCACAAUGCAUCCUGGAGUCAACUGCAUAAGUUUCACAGGAGGUGAUACUGGUAUAGCCAUUUCGAAGAAGGCUGGAAUGGUCCCACUUCAGAUGGAGCUUGGAGGAAAAGAUGCUUGCAUUGUGCUAGAGGAUGCAGAUCUUGAUUUAGUCGCAGCAAAUAUAGUAAAAGGUGGCUUCUCUUACAGUGGCCAGAGGUGCACUGCUGUCAAAGUUGUGCUGAUCAUGGAAGCAGUGGCUGAUGCCGUGGUACAGAAGGUUAAUGCCAAGUUGGCAAAACUGAAAGUUGGCCCACCUGAAGACGACUCUGAUAUCACCCCAGUUGUAACAGAAUCCUCAGCCAAUUUCAUUGAGGGUCUGGUGAUGGAUGCAAAGGAGAAAGGAGCAACCUUUUGCCAGGAGUACAGGAGGGAAGGCAACCUUAUCUGGCCGUUGCUGUUGGAUCAUGUCCGCCCUGACAUGAGGAUUGCGUGGGAGGAGCCUUUUGGCCCCGUCUUGCCUGUGAUUAGAAUUAACUCGGUUGAGGAAGGCAUCCACCACUGCAACGCCAGCAAUUUUGGCCUGCAGGGAUGUGUUUUUACAAGAGACAUCAACAAAGCAAUCCUGAUCAGUGAUGCAAUGGAGACUGGAACUGUGCAGAUCAACUCCGCACCGGCCCGAGGACCUGACCAUUUUCCCUUUCAGGGCCUGAAGGACAGUGGCAUUGGAUCCCAGGGGAUAACCAACAGCAUAAACAUGAUGACAAAGGUGAAGAGCACUGUCAUAAACCUGCCAUCACCGUCCUACACCAUGGGCUGAGAUGUUCAUGUAGAGGAGAGGAUUCAAAUGUUUUUUUAUAGCCCCAUAAACAAUGUAGAUAAAUGUUUCAUAGCCACGUGAGACUUGUACGCUAUGUACGCUUCAAUUCUGCCUGUACCAGAUCUUUUGCAGUAAAGAAUAAAGUGCUUUGAAAAUAUUGA